AUGUAUUCAGACAACGGGACGACGUUCACGGGCGCGGACCGGGAGCUCGCAAGGGCGUAUCGAGCAGCAAUGAAAGACACGAACUUCCAAAACCGAAUUGUCUCUGAGAGAGUAGCGUGGCAUUUCAUUCCCCCUCGCGCCCCUCACUUCGGAGGGCUCUGGGAGGCUGGAGUGCGAAGUGUGAAACACCACUUGCGACGCACCGUGGGCGGUCACACGCUGACUUUCGAGGAGCUUACGACGCUCCUUUGCAAAAUUGAGGCUUGCCUUAACUCCCGGCCCCUCGGGCCACUAACAGAGUCAAUGAACGACUAUGAGGCCCUAACACCAGGACACUUCAUCAUUGGUUCCGCACUCACGGUCAGCCCAGAGCCCUCCUUACUCCAUCUAAACGAAAAUCGUUUGUCAAGAUGGCAGCUCAUUCGACAUAUUACCGAAAAGUUCUGGCGACGGUGGCAGGUCGACUAUGUAAAUUGUCUCCAGCAAAGGGGAAAAUGGCGUAAGGUAAACACCAAUAUCAAAAUCGGCGCGAUGGUUUUACUUCGCGAAACCGCCUUACCUCCAUGCAAGUGGGAGUUGGGGCGAGUCGUACAUUGUGACGCCGGCUCUGACGGACUGGUGCGCGUUGCGACGGUCAAAACUGCGAACUCCGAAUACAAGCGCCCGAUCGCGAAAUUAUGUUUGUUACCGAUCGACAUCGAGUCCACUGCAACUAACGCCGACCAAGCUGACCUCAAGACAAGCACCAAGACAUCCUAA